AAUGAGUAAGGAUAGUGUGCCUAUGUUCAAGUUUAUUGUAGUUGGAGAUCAAUGUAAAUGGAUAUGUCAGACUUAGCUGUUGGCAAGAGUAGUUUUGUUAAAUAAUAUUCCGAAAGCUAAUUUAUAGAAGGGAUGAGUAGAGCAACAAUUGGAGUGGAAUUUAUUAAGAAAUUAGUAACAGUUGAUAAACGUAGAGUGGAAUUAUAAAUAUGGGAUACUGUAUAAAGUUUUGAGUGAUUGAAUAGGCAGGAUAAGAAUAAUUUAGAAGUAUGAUAAAGAGUUUUUAUCGUGGAGCUGCAGCUGUGUUUGUGUUAUAUAGUAUCAAUUAAAGAGAUUCAUUUGAGAAGUUAUAAGAUUGGUUAACAGAAUUACAUGAGAGUGCUCAUGAAGAAAUUGUCAAAAUCCUUGUAGGAAAUAAAUCAGAUAUGGAACGUAAUGUUUAGAAAGAAGAAGCUGAAAAAUUCAUGAAUACAAAUAAUUUUAGUUUGUUUUUUGAAACAUCUGCAAAAACUGGAGAAAAUGUAGAAAAAGUAUAUAUAUCCAAAAUAAAUAUCUAAGGCAUUUGUCGAAGCUGUUAAAUUAGUGAUCAUGAGAAUGUUUACUAGUGAUUCAUUUAAAAACUCUAUCAAAACUACAAAAAAAACUCCAGCAAGUUCGAAAUAGAAUACCAGUAGAAGUGAUUAACCAAUUUCAGAUAUUACAUCAUUCCCCACAAAACCAAUAUAAUUGUAAUCCAAUCACACUUAAGAAAAUAAACAUAAAAAGAAGGAAUGUUGCUGA